GCGAAAAAAUAAAAUUAUUGCGCUACUUUACUGGAAACGAAAAUAGGCGAGUUGACGCGCUAUCAUGCCUUGAUGAUUUGGACACGGAGGACGAGAAAUGUACCUACUUAAGGUCUUUGAUUUCGACGUCCGAUAUCCUUCCACCUUCUUGCUACCAAACACCACCCCAAGUUAUUGUAGAAAAACCUGAUGAGGAUGCUGAAGCUGUCGUGGAUGCUGAAGUUAUUGUGAAUCCGUCAACUUCUAGGAGUAUUCCGAAAGACACUUACCUACCCGAAAACGCCUGCCAACUCCUUCGCUAUUAUGAACUUUGGAACAAACCUUACGAUAAAUGGCCGAAAGAUCACCCCGCACAACUACGUCUGGCACAUUUAGAGGGUCAACUUAAGGCAAGCUGUUUGCUUGUAGGCGAGCUGUUUGCUUGUAGGCGAGCUUUAUGCUUAGUUAGUGGGUGGAUCCUCGUUUAUAUACUAGUUCAACACCCCAGAGGAAUUUUCGUGUCUGAUUGCACUUUAGCAAAUAAAAGUUUAGAGAGUGUGUUCUCUUGCUACAAGGUGUAUCCUUGCGUGGCGAGAUGUUAUCUUGUGAGAAGAGGUGCUCCCUCAUCUCCGAAAAUACAACAGACACCGCGAAAGAUGAAGAAGAUCCGUAGAAUAAAAGUAGCACAAUUAACCAAAUUACUUACCAAGAAAGAUGUCGUAAAAGAAGAAAUAGAAAUCGCGCAGGAUUCUGUAGUUCUUGGAGGAUAUCAUCGAAUCAACCAGCAUUACAAUGACUUUCAUGAAGCAAGUGCACGACUUGUAAAGCGCCAUCUAUCGGAUGGAAAUGAUGAAGAUUUGAAAGAUAAGGAAGUUGUUGGCAAGUCUGUAAUUUUGAAAAAAAAUAAAACGAGUUAUAACUAG